AAGGUUUCGUUUAUUAAAAAAGGCCUAAGAUAUGUUUUAAGCAUAGUUUACAGUAUUUCCAAAAUUGAUUUGGGCUGGGAGGGAGCACAAAUUACAUCACCAAAUUAUUUCAUGUAUUUGAGUUUCAACUCUUAACUGUAAAGUAGAUUUUCAAGCAAUAACUUAAAAAGGAAAGAUAAAUUUUAUUGAAAGGCAGAAAUGAGAGCUACCAAGAUGCCAGUGCAAGAACUCUGAGAUGUGAAGAAAAUCUUCUAGCAGUUUCAGUUGUUUAUGUUAGAUGUGAUAAAAUUCUUCUGUAAAUUUUAUUUGGAAGUUGGAUAAGCUGUCCAGGAAGUCUUUUUGAUUUUUUUUGGACUCAUAUUCAAGGUUAAAAAAAAAAUUGAUAUGGAGACAACCCUUAGUAUGCCCGUAAAAUUGGUUGUAAAAGUUCCGAAUCAGAAAGUAGAAGAUAAAACAGUUGACUGUGAAUUGGACUGGACAGUAGAAAAACUAAAAAGUCAUUUAUCAGAUGUCUAUUCAUGCAAGCCGAAGGCAGAAGACCAAAGGCUUAUUUACUCUGGACGGCUGUUGCAUGAUCAUCUUAGGCUAAAGGAUGUUUUGAGACAUGUUAGUAACCAUGAUAUGGAAGACCAAACUCAUACAGUUCACCUUGUAUGUUCAACAAUAAAAGAAGCUGAAAUGACAGAUUCCAGUGAAGAAACUAGAGAGAAGGCCUGUGAAAAUUCUAACAGUGCUGAAAGCAUUAUGUCCAGUUCAAGCCACACAAGUAUCAGUAAUCAUAGUGAUUCUUUGUCUUCAGCUGCUAGUUCUGAAACUCUUCACCACCGGUCAACAACUCAUUUAAAUGCUAACAGCUUUCCCAGUUACCAGUACCUAGAACAGCUGCUGCAUUUAUCUCCAUCUGUCCCAGGUGUUCCCGUAAAUCCUGAACAGGUGAUGCAACAGAUGGUUGCCAUUCAGCAGAUGUAUGCCCAGUACAUAGCCCAGUACAUGCAGUAUGCUCAGGCAGGGACUAACCAUGAUCCCCAGCCAAGAACUCCUGCAACGGUUGGAUCUGCAUCACAAACAGGAGCUGACAUCAAUAUCGCUAAUGAAAACCAGAGAGUCCAGCCUCAACCUGCCAACAAUAACAAUGUUCGAAUGAAUGCUCAAGGGGGACCUAUCCUGGAUGAUGAAGAGGAAGGGGUUAUGAAUCGGGACUGGCUGGACUACUUCUAUGUUAUCUGCCGCAGCCUUGUUCUGUUCAGCAUUGUUUACUUCUACUCGUCAUUUGGAAGGUUCUUAAUUGUCACAGGAAUUUCCUUACUGAUAUAUCUCUACCAUGGAGGAUUCUUUGCUAGAAGAGUACAGACACCUGCUCAUGAAAAUCAGCCAGCUAGAAAUCAGGAAGAAGACAAUGACAGAAAUUAUCCAGCUGGAGAGCAGCACCAGAACCCUUCCUCUCCAGCACCAGAGGAACAUCCAAAUGGCUAUCCUCAAGACCAGGAUGCUGAAGAAAUUCGUCAACUAGAAGCUAUAAUGGAUGCUGAGAAUGACCCGCAUCAGGCUGAACUGUGGCCAGUUCUUACUCCACAACCCUCCCUGUUAGUCAGCUUGUGGAGCUUUAUCUCUAGUUUUUUCUUGUCUCUGAUACCUGAGCAACCUCCUCCUGUCAACAUUAAUUAAUAUGCUCAGUUUGAAUCCUGUGAUUUCUUCUUUUUCAGAUUUGUUGGUAGGUUGAAAAACUUUGACACUUUUAAUCCUAGUAUUCAAGACUGAGGAUUGUAACAGCAUAUCGUAGGUUAUGUCCAAAGCUCACAUGAUAAUUAUUGGUUUUGAACUGGAGUUUAAAAUUUUUCUGUUGCAAUAUAUUUUUCCUUCAAGUUAGCUGUAUUUAUUUUCGUAAAAAGUCAGCUUUGAAUAACUAAUGUUUUUUGAGUUAAACAUUGUUCGUAAAUUUAUAACUUGUGUUGCAUUCAACUUUUAAAAAAUUUUAACAUUCCUUUUUCUUGUUCUAAUUCUUCAGGGAAGGCCUCUCACACUCAUAUUUUUUUUUUUUUUUUUUAGCUUAUGUUUUGUACAAACUCAACUCAAAAAAUUAAACACCCUCAAAGUACUGAAAAUAUGGUUUGUAUGAGAUUAAUUAUAUUAGUUAAUAUUUUAACUUUUUGAAAACCUUGGUAGAAUAUGCAACUAUAAUAUCGUUUGUAAAAGUGUUUUUAUACCCAACACAAACCUUAAUAUAAUGUUGACUUGUAUGUUGUAUAAAACAAAAUUUACUGGUGUUAGAUUGAAAAAAUUACCAUGAAAAUCUCUGGUGCUUCUGUUGAAUAACUAUUUAUGUAUUUGUGAUGUCAUAAAAUUUAAGUAGAAAAACCAGUACAGUGUAACAUUUUACAUGUGAAAACUUGCAUAGCUUUACAAAGAAAUCCCAGUGCACGCUUUUCUGUGCCAAAUUAAUUUCUAAUAAAAAGAAAAAAUUAGAGAUCUGAAAUGGAAUAUUAUGUUUGUCAGGAGUUGAUUCCUUAAUAAGAGGUACUAUAAAUUAUGCUAAAAGCAGUUAAUCCUUAUUAAUUAUGUUUAAAUUUAGCUGUGCAAUAUGUUUCUGAAAGAAAAAUUGCUUAUUUUCUAGUUUUAUUUUACAAAUAGGAAUUCAUAGACCUAAGAGCUAUGUUAUUUGGAAAGAUUUGUGUGUAUAUAGAAAUAAAAAGGUAUUUUAUGUUCUAGCUGGAGUUAUUGCAGAAAAUGUCAACCAAUAUUUAAGGUAUUUUGGUGUAUUUCUUCCUAUUUUGAUGAUAAGCCAGUAAUAUUUUAUUUCUUGCUAUUUUGAUGAUAUGCCAGUAAGAAUUUUCUUGUUUCUUCUUUCUGGGUUGCAAAGCAGCAACCACUUCUAACCUAGUCAGUGCUGUGUCAGUUUCCACUGUUUUACCUGUACAUAUAUAUAAUGGUUAAAUAAAGACAUUUUUCCACA